AUGGGACAGUACUCCGCCCGCCCCUCGUUCGACGCUGUGGGCGAGUCGCCGACAGCUGGUGGGUUUUCGGAUGCAGCAACAGAUGCGAGCUCGGCGAAUGGCGCGAAUGUGCAGGGCAGCACCAAUGGAUCGGUUUCUGAUGUAGACGAUGGCGAGAAGGUUCUGCCGCCGCGCACCUACAACUUUGAUUUUGUGUAUGGGCCCGAGACGUCGCAAAUAUCUGUUUUCGACUCGUCGAUUGCACCGCUGCUGGCGCGGUUCGUUGAGGGCUACAAUGUCACAAUUCUUGCGUACGGACAGACAUCUUCGGGCAAGACGUUCACGAUGGGCACUGACGCUGAUGCGACAGCGCCGGAGGAUGUCGGCAUUGUGCCCCGCGCGCUGACACAGAUUUUCCAGUGGACCAACUCGCACCAGACCGUUGACGAGACCGGCAAGCCCAACAUCGACGUGCGUGUGUCGUUCAUGGAGGUGUACAACGAGGAGCUCAUCGACCUGGUCGCACAGUCGCAGUUCCAUGGCGUGCGGCCGCCGAUUUUCAUCCGCGAGGACACCAAGGGCAACGUUGUGUGGGUGGGCGUCAAGGAGCAGGCUGUGUCCGAUGCGCAGCACGCGCUGUCGAUUUUGAUUGAUGGAUCCAAGGAGCGGCAGACGGGCGGCACGCGCAUGAACGACAAGUCGUCGCGGUCGCACGCCAUCUACACAGUGACGCUGACGCAGCAGCGCACGCGCGGCGAUUCGCACGAGCCGGUCAAGAUUGUAUCCAAGCUGCACUUUGUCGAUCUGGCCGGCUCCGAGCGGCUCAAGAAGACGCAGGCCGAGGGUGAGCGCCAGCGCGAGGGCAUCUCAAUCAACUCUGGGCUGCUGGCCCUGGGCAAUGUCAUUUCGGCGCUCGGAAGUCCCCAGCGUGGUGCGGAUCUGCAUGUGCCAUAUCGCAACAGCAAGCUGACGUACAUGCUGCGAGACUCGCUGGGUGGCAAAGCCAACAUGGCCGAGACAGUCAACACACUCAAGUACGCGGCGCGUGCGCGCAACAUCAAGAACCGCGGCGGUGUCAAUAUGGACGCGACAGCUUCUCGCUGA